UGCACAGCCCCACCCCUAAACACAGGAGCAAGGUUAGCCUAACGCUACGUCACUUCCAAGGAGCUCCCGUUGGAAUCUUACCCUCGCGAACCUUUAGCUGGCGCAUCGCGCGAGAAUUGCUAACUCACGCCAGUAUCUUCGGCCGAAAGCGUUCGGCAAUUUCCGUCACCGCCAGACUCAACCAAUCGAACGAUGAACAAAUCGAUGCUACAGGGGUCCUUGUGGGUUCUAUGUGGGGGGAAGAGCACGGGAUGUGGGCUCGGGGACAGUGUGGCGGUUGCGGCGAAGCACGCCGCCGAGUAUUUCUAGGUGGGGGCUCCGAGGGCCAGCUAGGGGUGCCGAGUUCGAUUGUUCUGGCCUGGCCAUGGCGCCUCUCCUCCCCCCCGCCAUGGCUCCCCGUGUCCCUGCUCCUCUCCUCUCAGUGAGCGAAAGUGGCCGCCGCCGCCGUCCCAGCGCCCGCAGCCGCCGCCUCCUCAGCAGCAAUAGCGCGGCCGCCAUCUUGGCGAGGCAGAAGCCGAGAGGCACCGCGGCAGGGCACAGGCAGCGCCAGCGCAGCGCGGGGCGAGAGGCCGGCGCGAGAGAGCGGGGCGGGCAACUCGCAAGCCACCCCCGGCCCAAGCCGGGCCACGCACCAGCUGUGCGUUAGGAGGCAACUUUGCAUGAGGAGAGGCUUGUUCUAUGGCCUCAGAGCUGGGUGCAAGAGAGGAUGGCAACUGCACAGAGCUGGCAACGCCCCUCUAUUUGCGAUAUCUGGAGAAAGCUCUGCGGUUGGAUCAUUUUUUACGUCAGACUUCCGCUAUCUUCAACAGGAAUGUAUCCAGUGAUGAAAGUGAAGAUGGAUUGGAUGACAAUCCUCUGCUUCCUCAGCCUGGGGGUCCCUUGAUACAAGUUAAAGAAGAACCUACAAGCUCCUUGCUUGGGGAGUCAUCUGGAGCAGGAAGUUCUGGAAUGUUAAACACACAUUCACUCAACGGAGUGUUGCAAUCUGAGCCAAAAGCAGAAAAAGGGAAUCUAUACAACUUUUCCAAAUUGAAGAAAAGCAGAAAGUGGCUAAAGAGCAUUCUCCUGAGUGAUGACUCCAGUGACAGUGAGUCAGCAACUGAUGAGGAUGGGGAAGAAGAGGAUGAAUUUACUCUAUCUAGGGAAGAACUUCAUAAUAUGCUGCGACUGCACAAGUACAAGAAACUGCACCGAAGUAAAUACAGCAAGGAUAAAGAGUUACAGCAGUACCAGUAUUACAGCGCAGGUUUGCUCUCCACAUAUGAUCCUUACUAUGAGCAACAGCGCCAUCUCAUAGGACCCAAGAAAAAGAAGUUCAAAGAGGAAAAAAAAUUAAAAGCUAAGUUGAAAAAGGUGAAAAAAAAGAAGAGACGGGAUGAAGAACUCUCGUCAGAGGAGUCUCCACGGCGCCAUCGCCACCAGACCAAAGUUUUUGCCAAGUUCUCUCAUGAUACCCCUCCACCAGGGUCCAAGAAAAAGCAUUUAUCCAUUGAACAGUUGAAUGCUCGCAGGCGCAAAGUAUGGCUGAGCAUUGCUAAAAAGGAGCUGCCAAAGGCAUACAAACAAAAAGUUUCUGCCCGAAACCUGUUUUUAAGCAACAGUCGAAAGCUGGCUCACCAAUGUAUGAGAGAGGUGCGCCGAGCAGCUAUCCAAGCCCAAAAGAACUGCAAGGAGACACUACCGAGGGCACGCCGCCUUACGAAGGAGAUGCUUCUUUACUGGAAGAAAUACGAGAAGGUGGAGAAAGAACACCGCAAAAGAGCAGAGAAGGAGGCACUGGAGCAGCGCAAACUGGAUGAGGAGAUGAGAGAGGCUAAACGGCAGCAGAGAAAACUUAACUUCCUGAUUACACAGACUGAGCUGUAUGCCCACUUCAUGAGCCGCAAACGUGAUAUAGGACACGAUGGAAUCCAGGAGGAAAUCUUGAGGAAACUUGAAGACAGUUCUAUCCAGAGGCAGAUUGAUAUUGGUGGAGGAGUCGUAGUCAACAUUACCCAGGAGGAUUAUGAUAGUAACUACUACAAGGCUCAGGCCCUGAAGAAUGCCGAAGAUGCCUAUCGGAUUCAUCAGGCCCAGACACGGUCAUUUGAUGAAGAUGCUAAAGAGAGUCGAGCAGCAGCCCUUCGGGCUGCCAACAGGUCUGGCAGCGGCUUUGGAGAAAGUUACAGCCUUGCCAACCCAUCUAUCCGGGCAGGAGAGGACAUUCCACAGCCUACCAUUUUCAAUGGUAAACUGAAAGGCUACCAGCUGAAAGGCAUGAACUGGCUGGCCAACCUUUAUGAGCAGGGCAUCAAUGGAAUCCUGGCAGACGAAAUGGGGUUGGGUAAAACAGUGCAGAGUAUUGCCUUGUUAGCACAUCUGGCUGAGAGAGAGAACAUCUGGGGACCCUUUUUAAUUAUUUCACCGGCUUCCACCCUAAACAACUGGCAUCAGGAGUUUGCCAGAUUUGUUCCUAGGUUUAAGGUGCUACCUUACUGGGGAAAUCCCCACGACCGAAAAGUGAUCAGGAAAUUCUGGAGUCAGAAGACUUUGUAUACUCAGGAUGCUCCUUUCCAUGUCGUGAUCACCAGUUAUCAGCUUGUAGUCCAAGAUGUGAAGUAUUUUCAACGGGUUAAGUGGCAAUACAUGGUGCUAGAUGAGGCACAGGCACUGAAAAGUAGCUCUAGCGUUCGUUGGAAAAUUCUGCUUCAGUUCCAGUGCCGAAAUAGACUCUUGCUGACUGGGACACCCAUCCAAAACACCAUGGCUGAGCUCUGGGCUUUGCUUCAUUUCAUUAUGCCAACACUGUUUGACUCGCACGAGGAAUUCAAUGAGUGGUUUUCUAAAGAUAUCGAAAGCCAUGCAGAGAACAAAUCGGCCAUUGAUGAGAAUCAGCUUUCUCGCUUGCACAUGAUCCUGAAGCCUUUCAUGUUGAGGAGAAUCAAAAAAGAUGUGGAAAACGAGCUGUCAGAUAAGAUUGAGAUCCUUAUGUAUUGCCAGCAAACCAGCCGGCAAAAACUACUGUACCAGGCUUUGAAGAACAAAAUUUCUAUUGAUGACCUUUUGCAGUCCUCCAUGGGUACAACCCAGCAAGCACAGAACACUACCAGUAGCCUCAUGAAUCUAGUCAUGCAGUUUCGGAAGGUCUGCAAUCAUCCAGAACUCUUUGAACGACAAGAAACUUGGUCUCCAUUUCACAUUUCAGUAAAGCCAUACCAGAUUUCAAAGUUUCUCUACCGUCAUGGGCAAAUCAGGGUGUUUAACCACUCACGGGACAGGUGGUUGCAGUUUUUACUUUCUCCUUUUGCUCCAGACCACAUCCAGCAGUCUCUCUUCCAUAGGAGAGGUGCUGAAGAAGAGAGUUGUUUCUCUUUCCUACGGUUUAUUGAUGUUUCCCCAGCAGAGAUUGCUAACCUCAUGCAUCAGGGACAUCUAGCCAGAUGGUUAGCUCUUUUCCUGUCUCUGAAAGCUGCCUACAGGCUCCACCACUUUCGUUUCUGGAGGGAACCAGAAGAAGAUGACCAGCAUAAGACUCAGCGUCUGAAGAAUAAAGAUUUCCUGCUGGAUGUCGAUUUCCCCCUCUCCUCCCCCAACUUGCACAGCUGCACUUUGCUGCAGAACCUUGUGUUCACGGGCCACUGUAAAGCAGUAAUUGGCUACUCUGAUUACAUCAUCCAUCAACGAUCAGCUACCUCAUGGAAACAGUGUUGUCAAAUCACAGAGCUGCCGUCCUUCCUGUCUGUAGUGAGCCCAAGGGUAACAGCUGUGCCACGGGAUUUCUACUGCAAUGAUCGGAGUGCAGAAUAUGAGCGCAGAGCACUUAAAGACGGAGGAAGCCUUGAAGCAAAGCAAUGUGUAUUGCACGGAGCACCUGAACUAGCAGCUGGCUGGCUAAAACGGUGCUCUCAGUUCUUUCCGGAAUUUCCAGGGGGAUUAUUAGGGGUCAGACCUCAAAACGGCUGGUCUUUCAUCAGGAUACCAGACAAAGAGAGUCUGAUCACAGACAGUGGAAAACUUUAUGCCCUUGAUGUUUUGUUGACAAGAUUGAAAUCUCAAGGACACAGAGUCCUUAUCUACUCUCAGAUGACACGGAUGAUUGACUUGUUGGAGGAGUACAUGGUUUACAGGAAGCAUACAUAUAUGCGGUUAGAUGGGUCUUCAAAAAUCUCUGAAAGAAGAGAUAUGGUAGCUGACUUUCAGAACAGGAAUGAUAUCUUUGUGUUCCUGUUAAGCACAAGAGCUGGUGGCUUAGGCAUUAACCUUACAGCUGCUGAUACGGUAAUUUUCUACGAUAGUGAUUGGAAUCCAACAGUAGAUCAGCAGGCCAUGGAUCGAGCUCACAGGCUGGGUCAGACCAAGCAGGUCACUGUGUACCGGUUGAUUUGCAAAGGCACCAUAGAGGAACGCAUCUUGCAGAGGGCCAAGGAGAAAAGUGAGAUUCAAAGGAUGGUGAUUUCAGGUGGCAAUUUCAAACCCGACACCUUGAAACCCAAGGAGGUGGUUAGUCUGCUUCUGGAUGAUGAAGAACUUGAGAAAAAAUUGCGCCAGCGUCAGGAGGAGAAGCGGCAGCAGGAGGAGACAAAUCGUGUGAAAGAGCGUAAACGAAAGAGGGAAAAAUAUGCUGAAAAGAAGAAAAAGGAAGACGAGUUAGACGGGAGAAAAAGGAAAGAAGGCAUGAAUCUGGUGAUCCCGUUUGUUCCAUCUGCAGAUAAUUCCAACCUCUCAGCUGACGGGGAUGAGUCAUUUGUUAGUGUCGACUCUGCCAUGCCCAGCCCUUUCAGCGAGAUUUCCAUCAACAGUGAGUUGCACAUGGAAUCCAUCCCACCUGACGAGAGCAGCAAUGACAUGCUGGUGAUUGUGGAUGAUCCAGCAUCUUCAGCGCCUCAGUCAAGAGCUACUAACUCUCCUGCUUCCAUCACAGGCUCAGUGUCUGACAACAUGAAUGGAAUUUCAAUGCAGGAUAUGCCCAUCACAGGACGAUGUCAGUCAGGUAGAAGCCGAGGCCGUCCCAAAGGCGCAAAUGGUGGGUCAAAAAGCACAGGGAAAGGCCGGAGCCGGAAAUCCACAGCCGGAAGUGCAGCUGCCAUGGCAGGUGCCAAAGCAGGAGCAGCCGCCGCCUCCGCAGCCGCAUAUGCAGCAUUUGGGUACAACGUGUCUAAAGGUAUGUCUUCAGGCAGCCCUCUUCAGACUCCGCUCACCCGACCUGCUGGACUUUCAGACUUUGGACAGUCAAGCGCUACUUCCCCCUUGAGUAAAGGAAACAGCAUUUGUGGAACCUCCAAACCCUUAAACCUGACAGGUUCCUUGGCACCAGAAACCUCAAUCCGAAAACAAAACAAAGGAGCCCACACUUCAGGUGGGCGAUAGUAAUUCUGAAACCCUGGAACCUGUGUGUCUCCAUAUCGGCUUCCUAAACAGCCCACCCAUGCCUACCAGCAAAAGGGUUUACAGAGGAUGCCUUGUUUCCAUCCCACAUGUGGGCUUGAGGAGAAGACAACUGCACUACUGGGGCAAGAGGUAUUCUGCGUGCACUUCCGUGUGUAGCCCACAUUUGUUGUCUUUGCAGAUUUGGGAUGAGGAGGGACAGAGACUUGGGAUGCUUGAGCUUAACUUUUCCAUUAGGCUUUUUUCUGGCAUCCUACAAAUCAUGCAGGGAAAGGAUCCGGCUUCCACACGAGACUGGCUGCGAGAUCUCCUCCCCCUUCAUUUGUACCCACACCAGCGCCCUUUCCCCCCCUCGUCUUUCAGGUAUCAUACGGAAUUCAACUCCAUUCUUAUAAGAAGGAGAUCAGCAACUAAACUUGGGGGGGGGGUGCCCCGCAGAUUCAGAGGAGCUUUCUGGCUGGUGCACCCUUUUUAAGGGAGCUGUGGAGAAACAUCUUGGUGGUUCUAAUGAAUGGUGGAUGCAAUGAAGAAAAGACUCUAGGGGAAAGGAGAGGGGAGUUUUGCACUGUGUCCUAGAAAGGGUCUUUUGUCAGUAUCAUGCUUCUGAACUACUAGAGUACUGCUUGGUUGGCUAAACGACAAUAGGACAGAUUAGAGCUUUUGAGAAUGAUGUUGCUGCCUCUGCCUCACAGAGCAGAAGGAAGUUUCAAAUUGCCAAUUAGCAUUGCAAAACCCAGGCUCAGAUACAUUUCCUUUCAUAGCUCUGGGUUUUCAGUACAAUUUCUUGGAUUUGGCUUAUGUGGGACUCUUCAAUGUUUUAGAUUAUAAAGCCAUUUUGUGGGCGAUUACAAGAAGAAAUUUGAGUAGUGGGGAAUUGUCCCUGGUUUUCAUCUCAUUGUGCCAUAGAAGAGUUUUUUUAAAAAACAUGUUUUAGGUACCACUGUUGGCCAUACCACAAAGGAUGUGCAUUGGGGAAUGCUUCCAUUCUCCCGUUCCAUACAGCCCCCAGCUAAAACGAUGUCUUUCAUUCCAAGCCAUCCAUUCACUGUGUUCCUUUUUCUUAGCAAGGCUCAUUUGUCAGCAGUGUCCACACCCAGCAGGUUUGGAUUGCUCCACUGUGAUGAAUCCAGAACUAGCAAAGCUCUGUGAAGCUAGUGAAAGUUGUUAGAGAGCAGCAACGCCAUUAAGUGCAACUCUUUGUUGUGGAAUUCUAUUCUGAAUGCACAAGAACCACCUGCUUUUGGCAUGAUAUAUAUACGUAUAAAUAUAUAUCUUCUGUCUGCAUUGCACUGAGAUGAAGGAGGGAGGCAGUUCUUCUGCCUUCACAUUUACAUUAAAUGGGUUUUCUUUCUGGGCAUUUUCAUCUUUCGAGGGAGAACCAGGUUACGAGGUGAAGAUCUUAGCUAAGGCAGCAAAGGAUUUUUCAGUCUCAUGCACCUUGCCUGGUGUCCCACAGUGUAGAGCAAGUGCUUCCUGUUGACUCUGCCUUUAAUUUGCACACCUGAAAAUAGCAGAAAUAAGUUCAGUUAAAUUGUGUUUGUUUAUUUUAAAAAAACCAGAUUUGGAGGGAAUAAUUGGGUGGGGAGGGGAUAUUUAAGUUAAAUCAUGAAGAUUUUACCCCACCCCGCUCAGAUUCACAUGUGUAUAUACAGUGUUUAGAGGGAAUCAGAAAAUGCCAAGCCUUUUUUUCCUCUUUGAAUGUGCUGUCUAUUUUUAUAACUGAACUUGUACAUAUGUAUACAAAGAGACACAUCUUUCUUUUACUAACUGGAGAAAUGAAUCUUAAAUAAAAUGGAGUGAGAUAAUUUUAUGUAAAUUCAGUCUCUGUGGCUUAUUAUUCCAUGAUGAAGUUUGGUGAAACAAGGUAUGUGCUGAAGUGCUUCAUUUUCUAAUUAUUUUACACCUGCCUAUGUCUAAGGAAUAACUACAUGCAGCAGGAUACACAGACUGUGCACAGGGGAUUGCAGAAGACUCCUUGCCAUUACAGUCUUGGAGCCAUCUGACUGAUAAAUCAGUGGCUAAAAUACAAGUGAUUUUCAUUUCUCACCCUGUCCUUGCAUCCAGUAUGAGGUUUCCCCCUUUCUGAUAGCGCUGCAGUGUCCAUCAGGGGUGGGGUGGGGGUACAGAUGUUAGCAAAUGUCAUACUGUUCUGUAUGGUGGUGGGAAUUUUUGUUACAUGAAUAGCACUGCACAUUGUAGGUGUGGUAGAUUAAAUACCUCCCCUGCAUCCUCUUCUCCCACCUUGCUUAAAUACCAAACUGGGCCCACAGUAUCAUGGUAUAUUUCCUGCAUAAUUUGCAAGCCUGGCAGCUGACAGUGAUUUGUGAGGAGAUCAACAUGAUCCCAUGCUAUGAAAAGCAAAAGGAUCCAUAAUGUUUGAACUUUUCUUUCUGUGCUAAGGGAAACAGUAACACACAAGUGUGGUUGUUUUAUAUUGAUUAUUGGUAAGUAUAAGUUCAGUUGUGUAGUCUCAUUUUUAUUUUUUAGCAAAAUAAGGAGUCAUUAUUUCAUGCACCAAAAAUAUUGAUUAGUUCCCUCUUUGCCAGGUUUGUCAUUCCUUUGGUGUGUAGGUUUACCCUGAUUCCUUCCUGGUGAUUAACUGUCAGUUUGCUGCUUCCCACAAGCUAGACAUUUGCUAGAUAAAAAGGCUUAUCAGAAGAUAGUUGGGUCUUUUAAAAUACUUUGCACAGAGUUUUGCAGGUGGCACCAAACAGCAGUGCCUGUAAACCUCUUUCGGAUGACCCAAAAUGCCUUUGCGAUGCAGUUGGCCAGAAGUUUCCUACCCCUGAUUUACACCAACAAAGAGCGGGGCUAGCAAAGUGCUAAGAAGAUCUUUACAAAACAUUACACCCUUUCUGUUUUUUCUUCACCACCUUCUCUUCUUAUAUCAAACUUUCUAAAAACUAUUUGUUUUGCCUGUGUGUUUAUGUAUACUUCUAAAACUCACAUAAGCUGUACUGGUCAUCAUAUGAGGCAGAGCUUUUAAUACUCUUUUGUGAAUCUUGCUUCGCUUUGGAUAUAUUUAAAGUAAAAAGAAACAUUUUGAGGAGCUCAGCUUUCUAAAAAAGUUGAGUGCAGCAUUUGGGGGGGGAUGAAUCAUGAGAAUUAGACAUAACAAAAAAAAUAAGCUGCAUGAAUGCUAAAAUGAUCUGGGGAGAGGGGCAACAGCCGUCAGCCAUCAUACCUUUUUAUCAUGGGGGUAUGAACGAAGGGAAGCAAACUAGCCCAGAAAGAUGAGGCAACUACUGUGCCAAAGGAGUAUCUCUAAACUUUUCUGUCAGGAUUAGAAAUGGGGAAAUAUUUAGCUAUUUCCUGUUUUAUAAGAUUACUAGCUGACCUGGCCACGCGUUGCUGUGGUUCUUUCCUGUGACACCCCACCACCCUGUCCCAAUCCAUGACGUAUCCUGCCCCUCCUCCCUCCACCCCGGCUCAUCCCUGUGUUUCGGUAGGAUACCCUUCCCUCUGUUGUCCCUGGGGAGUGUUGGCCCCUCCCCCCUGUAUCUCCAUACCUUGGCCUCCACCAUUCGAAAAGGAACUGUCAGCUUCUAGGUUCUAUUUCCCAGCAUGCACUUUUGUCUGAGCCUUCUGUUGUCCCUGGGGAGUGUUGGCCCCUCCCCCAUGUAUCUCCAUACCUUGGCCCCCACCCUUGGAGAAGGAACUUUCAGUUUCUGGGUUCCAUUUCCCAGUAUUUACUUUUGUCUGAGCCCUCUGUUGUCCCCUCCCUCCUGUAUCUCCAUACAUUGGCCCCUGCACAUGCAUCAUGAACAUUUCUAUAUAUUUAGAUUAAGGAUCGGGGGUGAUGAUGCGCCCUGGGACCCAGAGAACUACAGUACUUUAAAAAUCCCGACCGGGGGGGGGGGGUCAAAUAGCGAAGCCCCACAGCCCCGUAGCAACAGACAGGCCCAGACAGAAGGAGGGGUGGUCAUAUGGGCCACUUGGUGUGGGCCUCCAAAUCCAAAGGGGGCCUCGGUCAGCAUAUUCACAAUCAGUAAAAUGAAAAGUAACAAAAGGGUUAAAAACAGGGCCACAUUAUCUACCUGGCCCGGGCCUCUGUCUGGCCCUGCAAGGGCCUGGCAACAGAAGGCACGUUCUGUAGCACCCGAGUUGUUCAGUUCCAUAAAAAACCCAGGA